AUGACGGUUAUUAAUGCAGUUGGUCGUUCUUCAGUUUCGAAGCACACUAAUCCAGACAAUCAAGGCCUGGUGCAAGCCAUACUGAGUGUAUUGAGUAGACUGGCUUUACUUAUAGGGCCAUUAAUUGGUAGCAGUCUAUUUACACAUAAAAAAAUUUUGGCAAUCAUUCUAUCAGGAUCACAGAUACUUGAAUUGAUCUUGGUUUUUCUUGAUUUUAACAAACUCAAAGUCAAUCCAAGUAAAGGUUAA